CUUUUGUGACGUAUACUCAGCUUCAUAACCGUAAUAGUUUCCCUGAAAGAAAGUGAGUUUUCAAUUACUUCUCCAGGCACAAACUCACCAUGGGACGGGAGUCAAGACAUUACAGGAAACGCUCCACGUCCAGGGGCCGUUCUGGCAGUCGGUCAAAAAGCCGCUCACCGGACAAACGGUCUAAGAAAGACGACCGGGCCGCUAACCGUGACAGAGACCGUAAUCGGAGAGAGCGCUCACGGAGCAGAGACCGCCGUAGGUCACGAUCCAGGGACAGGAAACGACCCCGGCGUUCUAGGAGCAGGGACAGGAAGCGCUCCAGAAGCCGGGACAAGAGAAGAUCGAGAAGCAGAAGCCGGGGUCGCAGGUCCCGAUCCUCCAGCCCUGGAAAAAGCAGGAGACCAGAUGAAAAAUCUAAAAGCAAGGAAAAAGACAACCUGGAUGCCUUGGCAGAAAAGAAAAAGGCAAAAGAAGAAAAAGAAGAUGAGAAGGUUGAAGAUCAAGACUUUGACCAGAACAAGCUGGAGGAGGAGAUGAGGAAGAGGAAAGAGCGAGUGGAGAAAUGGCGAGAAGAGCAGAGGAAGAAGGCCAUUGAGAACAUUGGAGAGAUCAAGAGAGAGCUUGAGGAGAUGAAACAGGGAAAGAAGUGGAGCUUGGAGGAUGACGAUGAUGAUGAUGAUGAUGGGCCAACACCAAUAGAGGGAGAAGAGGAUGAGGAGGGGGAGGGGCAAGGGGAGAAGAAGGAGAAGAAGGAGAUCAAGGAAGAGAAGAAGGAGGAGGGAGAGGAGAAGGAGAUGCCCAUGGAGCAGGAGGCCGAGGAGGAUGAUAUUGAUCCACUCGAUGCCUACAUGGAGGAGGUGAAAGAGGAGGUGAAGAAGUUCAACAUGGGAGCCAUGAAAGGAAACGACAAGAAGGGAGGAAUGAUGGUAACGAAAGUCGUGACCGUCGUUAAAACCAAGAAAGGCCCUCACACCCACAAGAAGAAAGGCGAGCUGAUGGAGAAUGACCAGGAUGCAAUGGAGUACUCAUCAGAAGAAGAAGAGGUGGACCUGCAGACAGCACUCACAGGUUACCAGACCAAACAGAGGAAGGUCCUGGAGCCCGUGGACCACCAGAAGAUUCAGUAUGAGUCUUACCGCAAGAAUUUCUAUGUGGAGGUGCCCGAACUUGCCAAGAUGACCGUAGAAGAGGUGAAUGUGUACAGAUUGGAAUUGGAAGGAAUUACUGUCAAAGGGAAAGGUUGUCCCAAACCAAUCAAGACAUGGGUGCAGUGUGGCACAUCUAUGAAGAUCCUCAAUGCCCUGAAAAAGCACAGUUAUGAGAAGCCCACCCCGAUCCAGACCCAGGCCAUCCCAGCAAUUAUGUCAGGUCGCGACCUCAUUGGCAUUGCUAAGACAGGCAGUGGGAAGACCAUAGCCUUCCUGCUACCCAUGUUUCGACACAUCAUGGAUCAGAGGCCCCUGGAAGAGGCAGAGGGACCCAUUGCUGUGAUCAUGACUCCCACCAGAGAGCUUGCGCUACAAAUCACCAAGGAGUGUAAAAAGUUCUCCAAGCCUCUGGGUCUCCGGGUGGUUUGUGUGUAUGGAGGCACUGGUAUUAGUGAACAGAUCGCUGAGCUUAAGAGAGGAGCUGAAAUCAUUGUGUGCACACCGGGAAGGAUGAUUGACAUGUUAGGUGCCAACAGUGGCCGUGUCACCAACCUGCGGCGAGUUACAUAUGUGGUGGUGGAUGAAGCAGACAGAAUGUUCGACAUGGGCUUUGAGCCACAGGUGAUGCGUAUUGUGGAUAAUGUGCGUCCUGACCGUCAGACGGUCAUGUUCUCAGCGACCUUUCCCAGAGCAAUGGAAGCACUGGCCCGCAGGAUUUUGUCCAAGCCCAUUGAGGUCCAAGUGGGCGGUCGCAGCGUGGUCUGCUCCGAUGUGGAACAACAUGUGCUGGUGAUUGAGGAGGACAAGAAGUUCUUAAAGCUGCUGGAAAUUUUGGGUCACUACCAGGAGAAGGGCUCUGUCAUUAUCUUCGUGGACAAACAGGAACAUGCUGAUGGACUGCUCAAAGACUUGAUGAAGGCUUCCUAUCCCUGCAUGUCCCUGCAUGGAGGUAUCGACCAAUAUGACAGAGACAGCAUCAUCAAUGACUUUAAGAAUGGAGCAUGCCGGCUGAUGGUCGCCACCUCGGUAGCUGCCAGGGGGCUGGAUGUCAAGCAGCUGAUCCUGGUGAUCAACUACAGCUGUCCCAACCACUAUGAGGACUAUGUCCACCGAGCUGGACGCACAGGCAGGGCUGGUAACAAGGGUUAUGCCUACACCUUCAUCACAGAGGAGCAGGUUCGCUAUGCUGGGGACAUCAUCAAAGCUCUGGAGUUAUCCGGCUCUCCUGUCCCAGCUGAACUGGAGCAGCUCUGGGGUUCCUUCAAAGACCAGCAGAAAGCGGAGGGGAAGACCAUAAAGAGUAGCAGUGGCUUCUCAGGGAAGGGGUUUAAGUUUGACGAGACAGAGCAUGCCUUGGCCAAUGAGAGGAAGAAGCUCCAGAAGGCUGCUCUGGGACUGCAGGACUCUGAUGAUGAGGACGGAGCCCUGGAUAUCGAUGAGCAGAUUGAGAGCAUGUUCAACUCCAAGAAGAGGGUGAAAGACAUGUCUGCCUCCGGGGCUGCUGGAGCGACAGCAGGAGCCGUGUCCUCUGCAGCAGCUGCUGCUGCUGGGCUGACCAGCCUCGGGGCCCCCUCUGCUGGGAACAUCCAGAAACUGGAGAUGGCCAAGAGGCUGGCACUCCGGAUCAAUGCUCAGAAGAACCUUGGUGCUGAGGCUCAGGAUGUGAUGCAGCAGGCAACCAAUGCCAUCCUCCGUGGCGGCACCAUCAUGGCACCCUCUGUGUCAGCCAAGACCAUUGCAGAGCAGCUGGCAGAAAAGAUCAAUGCCAAGCUGAACUACACCCCAGUGGAGAAGAUGGAAGAAGAGCGGCAGGCUGCUGAGCAGUCAGAGACUGUCAAGAGAUAUGAGGAGGAGCUGGAGAUCAACGACUUCCCUCAGACUGCCAGGUGGAAGGUGACAUCUAAAGAGGCUCUCCAGCGGAUCGGAGAAUACUCGGAGGCAGCAAUCACGAUCAGAGGAACCUACUUUCCUCCAGGGAAGGAGCCCAAGGAAGGAGAACGCAAGAUCUACCUGGCUAUUGAAAGUGCAAAUGAACUGGCUGUGCAGAAAGCCAAAGCAGAGAUUACCAGGUUGAUCAAGGAAGAACUCAUUAGAUUACAAAAUUCCUACCAGCCAACAAGCAAAGGCCGAUACAAAGUGCUAUAGAGGAUGAACUCGGGCGCCAAGGAUUUCUCAUCUUUGAGUCUACAAUCACUUUUCCAACAGUUUGUCAUUAGAUUGUUCCAGGAUAUUUUACUCUACCCUUUUUUUUUUAAAAUAACAUUGCGCUCUAAUACUUAAGCUUUUAUGCAUUUGUCUCCCUUUUCCUCACGUGUUAUUGUAUGCUACCAUUAAGCCACCAGUGAUUUUUAUGAAUAGAAAAUGGAAAUGCCAUGCAAAGGGUUUAUCUCUUUUUCAUCCCAGUUUCACUUUAAAAUUCUGUAACCUGGCUGAGCCCAUUUAGAUAAAUUUGUAAGAUAAUUUUUGUUCAUUUUUACAUAUUUUUGAUGAGUUUCUGUAUUUCCUCAGUGCAAGUACUAGAUCAAACAUUGUAUGAAAAUAAUUAAGGGGUAAGGUGUGUUAUGUUUUUUUUGUUUUUUUUUACUCCCUCAUAAUAAAGCAGUGUGUUGCG